AUGUGGGUGCAAACUCAUCCUCUGAUUUAUUAUUUAAAUACACCACAUGAGAUCACAAGGGCCUAUUCAUUCAUUCCAUCCGCCAAAUUAGUGCAAAAACAAGCAGCAAAGAAAAUGGGGCGCGGAACGAGUGCUGGUGGUGGGCAGAGUUCUCUAGGGUACCUCUUUGGAAAUGGAGAGGCCCCGAAUCCUCAACAACCAAAAGAUGCAAUCAACGAGCCUUCCCCCAAACCCACUGCACCUCCCCCAGAGAUGGAUAACAGUAAGCAGACUCAGACUCAGACUCCAUCAGUGAACUCCGGUUAUUCCACAAACAACUACUACAGAACAGAUGGCCAAAACUGUGGCAACUUUAUAACGGAUCGACCAACAACUAAGGUUCAUUCUGCACCUGGUGGCAGCUCCUCCCUCAAUUACCUAUUUGGUGAUGCCAGCAAAUAAUGGAUCAUCUUGAAGCUGCUUCAUUUCAUCUUUGAAUAGCUAUUAUUUGUUUUCAAUGUACUAUUUUAGCAUAUAAUAAUAUUACCUACAUGUUUUUAUCAUAAUUUCAGCAGCAUGAACAAAAAAGGACAAGCUCAGUCUAGCGCUAAGACAGGGCUGCUGUCGUCUCUUAUUCGUUAUCAAUAAUUCUAUAAGAGGUGGACAUGGUAAAGUUGAGUCAUGCUUGAAAAGAUCAAAUGCUAUAAGGAAAUUUGACAAGACUCGUAAACUUACCCAUUAUGUUACAGUGUCUGUUUCUUGCUCCUGCUAUCUGCCCAUUUUCCAAUUCUUUUAGGGCCCCUAAAACUUGAACCUUGUCAUAUGCAGCAAAUGAACAAAACAAGAAGUUUAUAACCUCACCAGUUCUUUAUGGUCUGUGUUUGAUUCAACAAUUAAAUGAGAAUUUUAACUCUACAGUUGACAAGAAAUCAAAUUAGUCUUAAAGAUAGCAAGAAACAAGCAUUUGCACUUUCCAGUUCAUUAGAAGCACAAAAAGCACAAAAUACCAAUAAUGCAAACGCCAACAAAUUUCUGUCAGAAAACAUGGCCUACUACUACCUUAAACCAUCAGAAUUCAGCGAUGAAUAAUUGCUACAACAGACUGAUUCUACAGAAACAAGCCUGUGUCAUGAUGAUAUUGCAAUUAGCCAGAUGAAAAUGCAGAGGCUACAAUUAACAUAAAAUUCUUCCACCUUCCUGUGAUGGAUUCCCCAGAGAAGAAAUAAUUAGAGAAGUUGAAUAUUCUACAAACUGGAGCACGAAAGCUCAACUACGUGCUUGCAUAACUUACCAAAAACACUGUAUUCAGCCACUAUCAAGUUUUACUCCAAACAUGAAGAAAAAACCAGAAGCCCAAAGCAAGAGAGAGAGAUAGAUAUAAAGAAAGCGAGCAAAAUAUCCCAAAAUUGCAGGAAGUUAUCUCUCUUUUGAUUUCAGUUAAGGUAUUCCAUAACAUAAAUAAAAAACCAACCGAUGUCUUAUAGCAUCGACACAAUAGUACCGGCUAUCUCAUUCAAAAAUAUCAGAUCCUAUCUUGAAUCAAAAUAAAAUACAACGGAAUUGAAAAAGAAAA